GCAGCGGUCCCCGGGCGGUAGCAGAAGGAGUUUUCAAACUUGGUCAAGACAAUAGGGAGCGAGUCACGUCAAGCUGUACUUCCUCAUAACUUCUUCAAAUAAUCACAAUCUACAACCAAGAUGACGGGACUAUGUACAGGAGUUAUUGCAGACAUCAUUGAGGGGGCUCACCCAGAGAACCCAAUACUCCAGGUCUUGUCCAUGAAGCGCCUCCCCACUGAAUCUGAAGAACGCUACCGUCUCCUGGUGUCAGAUGGAGAGUGGUCAAGUAACUUUGCUAUGUAUGCCAGACACCCCAAUAGUAAAGUGACUAAAGAAGAGAUCACCAAGAACUGCAUCAUUCAGAUGAAUCGUUACGUCUGUGAAACUGUCCAAGAAAACAAGAAGGUGCUGAUUAUUCUUGAGUUGAAAUUGGAGCGAACAGGUGAGGAUGUGGGACUUAAACUUGGGGACCCAGUGAAUUAUGAUCCCAGCAAACCUAGAACUCAACAGCAGCCGAAGCAGCAGCAGCGCUCACAACCCCACCUGCCCACACCUUCCAUGAGAGCAACUGGUGGCACCCCUCAACGUAAUCUCUUAGGAGAUCACAACCCAUUCAAGCAGGGAAUCUCACCUUCAAAAUCUCCAACAGGUGGAAAUGUUCAUCCCAUUUGUUCCCUCACACCAUGUCAGAAUAAGGUCAAUAUCCACGUGAAGAAGAAGUCAGGCAUUGGAGAGAGUGUACCACCUAGCCCACCCGAGUACGAUAUAUUGGCCACAGCUGCUGUUCAGAAAGUGAAAGAGGGGCUUGAGGCUGCCAUAGGUACGAGAUUAAAAUUUGUCUUGUAUAUGUGUGAUACCAAUAAAAAUUAUUAGAUUA